AUGCGCUUUCUCCCACUCAUGCCGUCGGGGAUCCGUCUGUUCUCGAGCUUCUCGAGGACAUCUCCACCGUCCACAACCGUGACCUUGGGACCAACUCCGCAGACCCUGCUCCUGCCGCAGAGGAUGCGCCUGCGGACGACAGCCUUGCCUCGCCUGGAGGAGUCAGCCCUCCUGAGCCGGGUGACGGUGCAUCAUCACCGGCCGCAUCGUUGUCUGCUCCUGCUCCGGCCGGUUCAUUAUCCAGUCCUGCGACGCCGCCUGGAGCGUCGGGUACUGGUUCUGCUGCAGUUGGCGCUACAUCGCGGGGUGGUUCUGCGCGUGGACGUGGUUCAUCUCGUGGUGGCAGUGACGCCCGCGGUGGCUCUUCGCGUGGUGCAUCUACGCGUGGUGGGCGUGGCUCGGAAGCACGGGCUUCACCGGACGCAACGAAGUGGAACGCAGCCGCUGAAGCGCGAGAUGAAAAGCCUCAGCAACCGCAAGGUCUACAAGCUCGUCCCGCGCUCGGCCGUCCCUCCGGGAAGGAAGCGCAUCAAGUCCAAGUGGGUGUUCAAACGCAAGGCCGACGGGACUUUCAAGGGACGUGUCGUGGCCCAGGGUUGGAACCAAGUUCCCGGACUCGACUGCGGCAGCACCUACGCUCCAGUGUGCAGGAUCCAGAGCGUGCGAAUGGUGGCGUGCAUCACAGUUGAGUUCAACCUCAUCUUCGAUCAGAUGGAUGUUUCUACCGCUUUCCUCUACGCGGACAUCCAAGAAGAAGUGUUCGUGGAACAACCACCCGGUUUCGAGGUCAAGGACAAGGAUGGAGGUGACAUGGUAAUGAAGCUGAAUAAGAGUCUCUACGGACUUGCUCAAAGCCCAGGCAACUGGUUCAACACCAUCGAUCCCGUGCUCGUCGAGAUUGGAUUCGUCGCACUCAAGUCAGACCCGUGCGUGUAUUUGUACGAUCACAACGGGGCCAAGAUCUACCUGACUCUCUACGUCGAUGACCUUCUACUGGCCGGCAACGACUCUGACGCCAUUAAGCAUCUCUUGUCCUCGGGAUGGAAAUUAGGAGGGAUCGCGAGGCAGNAAGGGAAGUUGCAAAAGCGCUUCAAAAUGACCGACCUGGGGGAAGCAUCUUUUGCCCUCGGGAUGAAAAUUAGGAGGGAUCGCGAGGCAAAUACCUUGACCAUUUCCCAGGAAGCGUACUGCAAAUCAAUCCUUGAACGGUUUGGGAUGUCGGGCUCCAAGCCGACCAGUACACCUGGGUACGGCUCCGAAAUCUCAAAUAUCCAACCAGAAGACACACUUCUCGACGAGAAAGAGACCCGCAAGUACCAAGGGAUCGUGGGAUCACUCAUGUACAUUGCGCAAGUGUUGAGAUACGACAUCAUGUACGCGACAGGUCAGCUGGCUCGCUCGAUGGCGAAACCCAGCAAGGUUCACAUGGUGGCGGCAAAGCACACCCUUCGUUACUUGGCUGGAACGAUCGAUUUCAGUAUCACUUACAAGAAAGGUGGUUUCAAGCUCGCGACUUUCUCGGACUCCAACUGGGCGAACAACCCUGACAACGGGAAGUCCACCUCGAGCUACCUGACGAUGCUGGCGAACGCUCCCAUGAGCUUCAGGUCAGGGCUGCAAGGUCUGACAGCAAUGUCCACCAUGGAAGCAGAGCUGGUCGCGUCGGCGCUGGCGAUGAAGGAAGCAGUGUUUUGCUCCAACAUGAUGACGGAGCUUGGAUCUGGGAAAGAAUUUGCACAACUGCCCGUGUACUGCGAUAACACGGCUACUCUACAUGCAUUGGGGAACCGGUCCUUCAGCUCGAGGACCAAACACAUCGCGUUGCGGUUCUUCUUUAUUCGAGAACUGGUGACGGAGGGGAAGAUCUCCAUCCAUUACGUCCCGACGGAGGACAACCUCGCCGACAUCGGUACCAAGCAUUUCAACAAACACAGGUUCAAACACCUAAUGGACCUCAUCAACAACCUCGACGUCAACGAGUUCACCGCCGUCGAAUAAAAAGGAAAAUGAAUGAUUUGUUUGUUUGAAUGUUUCGGAUGCAGUUUACAUUUUCAUUUUAGUUAUGUAGGAAACAAGUACUAACACGUAAUUGAAAUACGGAUGAAACGCAUUUACUUGCUUGAGAUUAUCAUCAUUAGUUUGGUACAAUUCAGAGCGACUUUCAUUGAGGAGGAAUGUUAUGGAAAUGUUAGCACAUAGCCAUUAUGAGUCAAUGUUCAGUAGCACUGCACUUGUACGUCGUAGAUCAUCGUAGAUCUGUUAUGUGCCGGUUGGUACGUAACGUGCGUUGUAUAUGCGGAGGAAUUACUUCUGUAGGAUUCUAUGUUGCCUUGACGAGUAGCUCACUCUCUCGUGUGGAUCCUUCCUGACUGUCUGGCAUCGUAGCCAUCCUGGUCAUCUCUAGUACCCAGCCAUCUUCUGGACUCCUGCAUACUCUGCGGUUUAUCUGUGUGUGUUGGCCACAUAAGCGCCAGUGUUUACAACAUCUUGUCACCUUCUUCAUCACACGGAAGCACUCACGUCUUCCAGGGCGUCCACUACACUAGUGUCACCAACUUGAUUAGCGUCAAGGACACAGCCUCUCUGCCACCUUGCUGGGGUAUACCACAAUAUCCAUAAUAGACGAACUUGCCACUAUGGUGCUAUCGAAGAUGGCAACUGCUGGUGGAGGUCGUUGUCGUUGAGCUUCUUCGGCAGCGAUUGCUUCUGGCUUCAGCUGAAGCUUGUUUCGCUGGUCUAUGCGGCUGCAAACGUAGACCAGAUCUCUCUGCUCGUCCCUGAAGGCAAGAUACAUACCACGACAUGUUUGUUGAGCACUCGCAAGAUGCCUACGUGGUGUACGGCGACGGAAGCACGAAAUUCGUACAAGCCCACGUUUGCAGAGACAAGAUGGUCAUGGCUUCGAUCGCAAGACUGUGCAAGCCCGGAGCUUUCGCGGGUGCCGUAGCAUGGGUUGCGGUUUCCGAGGCAUUGGGCAUUCCGGUGAACGUGAUUCACCCCAUGGACAUUACGGCGAGGAAGAGGAUGGGCUUGGGGCUUGUCAAUGAUGGCGCGGGGCAGGAGGUGGAUGGGGACGGAUAUCAAUGGAGUUACUCCCACCGCCCACAGAAGACCCACCUGUGGCUUUUGCCUGACGCCGGAGGAAUGGCUCGUGAAGAAGUGAACAUCAUCAUGCAUGGUGAAAAGCUCCCCGGUCCUCGAAAACCCCACCGAAGAGCAACUGCAAGCUGUGGGGGAGGUGCAGCACGACACUCCAAACAUCGACGAUACGACCGACCAUUUUGCGGCCGUUGUGAUGAAGGAUGGCACUACACUUCUGUGCCCCAUACAUUUGAUUGCUCCCCGGCAGAGAGCAGCCGACGACGCGAGUGGUAAGGAGGACUACGACAAGCGGGUUCUUGCAUGCAAGGAACAACAGACCGUUCGAGAACGACAAGCCGCUGGUGUGCAAGCCGGCAGU